ACAAAGAUCUGUACAAGGACAUCAUGUUGGAGGAUCACCAGCCUCUCACAUCACCAGUUAAAGAGGAGAGAACGACACCCGAGAGAUGUCCCAGUCCUCUUCUUCCACAGGAUAAUUCAGAAGAACAUCACUAUGUCCCACAGGAUGAUCAGCUUGUGAAUCCGGGUGAAGAUCUGAACAUUAUAUAUGUUACAGAGACGUAUGUGAGGGGGGAUGAGCAGAGUACAGAGGACAUUCCUACAGAUAACCACCCAGAUGACUGUACCAGGAACUUAGAGAAACAUCUGGUAUCUUCAGAUUUUGAAGUAGAUGAUCGUGGUAUCAUACAAGAUCUAUACGAAGAGCAUGCCAAUAUCCAAGAUAUAUCUUCAUCCAGUCACAGCAAAAAUUUAUUAUUUGAUCCUUUUAAACUUUUAAAAGUCCGAUCUUCUGAUUCAUCACAGACUGUAACACAGAAUAAAAGUCACAGAAGAGGCGCUAAACAUCAAACAGCUCACGUAAAAGAGAAUACUUUUUCAUGUUUAGAAUGUGGAAGAUUUUUUAGAUAUAAAUCUGAAUUAGUGAGACAUCAGAGAAUUCACACCAGGGAGAAGCCUUUUUCAUGUUCAGAAUGUGGGAAAUGUUUUAAGCAUAAAUCAGCUCUUGUUACACAUAAAAAAACUCACACAGGAGAGAAGCCAUUUUCAUGCUCAGAAUGUGGUAAAUGCUUUAUGUAUAAACAAGCUCUUGUUUUACAUCAGAGAACUCACACGGGGGAGAAGCCAUAUCCAUGUUCAGAAUGUGGGAAAUGUUUCAAGCAGAAAUCAGCUCUUGUUACACAUCAAAAAACUCACACAGGAGAGAAGCCAUGGAACUGUCGCAAGAUGUAA